GAUGGCCUCGCUAUGCUCGUCUCCUCUCCGAUCGCGCUAAUGGAGGAUGCGCGUGCGCACACAUCGAUCGAUCCGCGAGGACUAUAGGCUGUCUCUCCGUAGUGGCCUUCCUCCCCCCUUCAACCAAGAACAGUAGGGGGAGGGCUCCCUCUUCUCCUCUUGCUCGCCUGCUCGGAGCACUCACUGACGGCCUUCCGCGCGGCGACCAGACAGAGCUGCGGCGCGAGCCACCCGUUCGACGAAAUGGCUGAGGGGGCCGAAGCCGGUAAAAUCAAGAAAGCGGCCAUGGCUUGCGGCAAGGACUGCUUCGAGGACCUCCCGGAACCCGUGCUCGAGCUUCUGCUGUCGUUCCUGCCCUCACGGGACGCCGUGAGGACGUCCGUGCUCGCCCCGCUGGCGCGCGCUAUGGAAGUCUGUGCCGGCCUUGCGCCUUGAUGCUUCUGAGUUUGAGAGUGCCCAGGUUUUCAAUAAUUUUGUUAAUAGACUGCUUGAGCACCGUGACAGAACAUCCCCUCUUCAUGAAUGUGACAUCUUUUCCUAUCCGGAGAAGGGCGCAGAAGAUGAGGCACACCAUGAUGUUGAAUCGUGGGUCCAGUAUGCUAUCCUGUGCCGAGUGCCGGUGCUUCGAGUUCUAGACUGGCGUGCUUCUCAUUUGGAGCUACCCAACAGCAGUGUCAUCUCCAAGCACUUGACAAUGCUAGAGCUUUAUCAUCUGGCAUUUGACGAAAGCCCUCUAGAUCUUUUCAGCUGUGAGGUACUAGAGGUGAUUGUUUUAUCAACAUUGGGGAUAACUUGCCCAAAUCUUUACGACAUCUGAAACUCAUAGACUCAAGACUUUAUUCCACGGAUAUAGAACGGAAUUGCCUUUCUGCUCCAGGCCUGCUUACCUUUGAACUAGCUGACUGUCUGGACUGGACUCCGUUGCUUGAGAGCCUGCCAUCGUUGGUGACAUCAUUUAUCAGGAUUAGCAUGGAUUGUGAAGAUGCUUGUCAUAAUGAGUACCUUGGGGAUUGUGGUGAUGGGUCAUGUGACGGAUGCUAUGGUGAAGAUGAUCGUUGUUUACUUCUUCAAGGUUUAGCAGGCGCUACGAAUUUAGAGCUGAUAAGUGAAUAUUCUGCAGAUUUGGACACUGGACCAAGUGGAAGCUACAACCCAGCAGAAUAUUUCUUGGUGUCAAAGCAUCUGAAGGUGGUUGAAAUCCAUUGUAACGAGGAGGAUGAAUGGAUUAAUCAAAUUGUGAACACCCUUGGUAUUCAUGGAGUAACUUCUGCGCAAAUUAGCAUCAAACAUGAUUCUUGGAGUUCUUUCAGGUUCAGUUUCCAGCAGCCGAAGUAGAUCAGAUGCUGUACUGUUCCUAGUUAUUAAGGGUUCAAUGUCCCUCAAUUAAUCUUGGCAGCAUGAGGGCUCCUACGUUUUAUUUACCUGGAUCGUGCGCAUGUCCCUGAUCCAUUCUUAUGAAGGACGAUCUCCCAUUGAUGCGAUUUGAAUAUGUUUAGUAAUGUUGCACUUUUGGCCGGUGUCAGUUCAGGCCUCAACUGAUUUACUUAUUGAAGGCCUAUGAUCUACUCCCUCCGUCUUAAAAUAAGUGUCUUGAGCUUAGUACAAAUUUGUACUAGAGCUAGUACAAAGUUGAGACACUUAUUUUGGGACGGAGGGAGUAAUAUUUAUGUUUCAGCAACCUGGAUAUCUAGCUUAACUUAUGUAUUGUAAUGUGGUACCUGUUCUGUUAUAUCGAGUAAACUUUCA